AUGCUCACAACGAAAAACCUGAUCCGUUCCGGCACGACCAGACCUGUUUCCUUCAAGAUUUCGCCUUCGACAACCGCUUUGGCUGCGCAGAAAAGAACAAAUGUCACAUUGCCUUUCACUCUUCCUGCUGCCAGAAAUGAGGCCAAUCCAACAUAUGUCAAAGGCUCUCCUGAGCGAGUUAGGGUAGAAAAAGCCCUCAAAAAGCUCCGGUCAGAGCUCCCGGUGAAGAGCGGAAUCUUCUACGAUGGCAGAAGCCAGAAGAUCUCUAGCUCCGACGACCAGGUGAUGCCGUCGGAGCACCAGAAGAUCUUCACAAACUACCCGCUCGCGACGAGGGACCAAAUCUCAGCAGCAAUCGAGGCGGCCCUCGGCGCGAAGAAAGAAUGGGAGGAGACUCCAUUUGUCGACAAGGCGGCCAUCUUCCAGAGGGCAGCCGAGCUGGCGACGGGUAAGUACCGCUAUGAGCUCAUUGCGGCCACGAUGUUGGGCCAGGGCAAAAAUGUCUGGCAGGGCGAAAUCGACGCGGCUGCCGAGCUUGCUGACUUUUUCCGCCUAAACUGUCACUAUGCGGCUGAGCUUCAUGCGCGGCAGCCCACACGUGGCUCCGACGGUAUUUGGAGUCGCCUCGACUACCGCCCUCUCGAAGGCUUCGUCUACGCUGUGUCGCCCUUCAACUUCACCGCCCUCGGAGGAAGCCUGGUGUCUGGUCCAGCACUGAUGGGCAACGUCGUGCUCUGGAAGCCCUCACAGUACAGCAUCUAUGCCAGCCAGAUCGUUUACAACAUUCUCUUAGAGGCCGGUUUGCCGCCCAACGUCGUCCAAUUUGUUCCAGGUGACGCCGAGACAGUCACCGACGUUGCGCUCAGCCACCAUGACUUUGCUGGCCUCAACUUCAUUGGGUCUUCGGACAUCUUCCGGUCUUUGUACGGCAGAAUCGGCGAAGGUAUCGCGAAGAAGACAUAUCGCGAGUUCCCCAGAGUGGUCGGUGAGACUAGCGGCAAGAACUUCCACCUCGUCCACAACACCGCCGACAUUCCCAGCGUCGUAAACCACACCAUCCGUGGCGCUUUCGAGUACCAAGGCCAGAAAUGCUCGGCCACAUCCCGAGCUUACGUCCCUGAGUCUCGUGCAGAAGAGUUCAUUUCCCUUCUGAAAGCCGGCGUCAAGGGCGUCACGAUGGGCAGCCCAGAUGGCGACAUGGGCGCCUUCAUGGGUCCCGUGGUUCACCGUCGAUCAUUCGACAAGAUAAAGUCCAUCAUUGACGCUGCAAACAAAGAUUCUUCUUUGAAGCUGCUUGCUGGUGGGACCUACGACGACUCGGUUGGUUUCUACAUCAGCCCAACGGUCUACCAAGCCGACUCGCCCGACCAUAAGUUGUUCAACGAAGAGAUCUUCGGGCCCGUCUUGACCAUCCACGUGUACAAGGACGCAGAUUGGACCAACGUCUUGAAGAGCGUCGACCAGAACGGCGGUGGAUUAGCUCUCACCGGCGCCGUCUUCGCCACGGACCGUCGUGCCAUUCGAGAGGCCGAAGAUGCCCUCCGGUACUCGGCUGGCAACUUUUACAUCAACUGCAAGACCACGGCUGCUCUCAUCGGCCAGCAGUCGUUCGGCGGUGCUCGUGCCAGUGGCACCAAUGAUAAGGCAGGUAGUUCCGACAUUCUGCGCCGCUUCACCAGCCCGAGGAUGAUCAAGGAGGAGUUUUUCCCUCUGGAGGAGUUCAAGUACCCCAGCAACGAUUGA